AUGUCGGAGUCAUCACUGAAGACGUUAGGGAUAACAGUAGCGAUCCUGGUGUGUGUUGUGAUCUGGUACUUGUCGGUAUAUUACUUUCUGAAAAAAUGGAAAACAGUUCAAGUGCGUCCUGUGAAUGAACACGGAGGCGGAGAUCAAGAGAUGGCUGCUCUGAAUCAACACGGCCAUGGCCACGAAGAGGCGGCUCUACCGGAGAAUCAUCCUCCUCACCAGGAACCUCACUUUGGCGCCAUCGCCCAAGGAGAAGCUCAAGAACAUCCUCCUCAUCACCAUGAACACCUUCCACUCCUUCUCGAUGCGAAUGCUGAUUCUCCAAGAACUGAUAAAGUUGAGCCGAUUCAAGAUCGAACUCUGCCACCGCUGGAUGAACUGAAAGAAACUACGGUUACCACUGGGGAUGAAGAUGCCCGUGCCCUUGGAACCUUUGGUUACGAUGCACCAGAAUAUGCAAUGAGUGGGAAAUUGAAUGCUAAGAGUGCUCUACAUAGCUUGGGUGUUGUCCUUCAGAAGCUUUUGGCAGAGCAUGCAUUAACAAGUGGGCAGCAGAGCCUAGUUUCUAGGGUAUCCAAAUCGUAUCUUCUACUAUUGAGAAUGCAUGCAGCUGAUCACAGUAAUUGAUCAUGUGUUUUAGGCUUUUCCAAAACACAGCAAUUUUUUACAUGAAAAACUAGGAGCUGUUGCAAUAUGUGUGAGAUAUGAAGAAGCUGUUUUCAGACCAAACAUGAACAUUCACAAGCUCUGCAACCUUUUUUGAAUGCAAGACCCUGCUGCUUAUGCACCAAACUAGACUUAUCUAUAUCUCUUUCUACCUACUGUAUCUACUCUGUAUUGUGCACAUUUGCUUGCAAAAACAAACAAACAUGCUUCCCAUUGACCAUUGUUUACAUACAUUUCAUACAUUUUGUUCAUAAUCCA